AUGUUUAGUCUACAAUCAAUCAAACUUCUCAAACCACAAAUAGCAUCACUACUGUCUAGAUUUCUAGCUACAUCUUUUGUAGCACAAGCAUCGGCUGCAUCGGCAGCGCCGUCAAAACAGCGGUCUAAUACCGUCCGCAAUAUUCCAUCACUUGAAGAAUUCUUAUUCCAACAACGAGUCAAACAAGUAUAUCGAGCAGUACUUCGACAAAUUUACAAGCAUCAUGAACGUGAUGAUUUAGUAAAAUUUGUUCGUGAUGAAUUUAAAGUUAAUGCCAAUGAGCGUGAUUUGAAUCAUCGCAAAUAUUUAUUGAGUUUGGGAGUUAAUCAAAUUGCUUCAAUGAGUGCAAGUUUGGGAUUGAAGGUGGAUUUAUAG